AUGAACAAGCAGAAGCAGAAGCAGCAGCAGCAGCAGCAGCAGCAGCAGCAAACAAAUGCAUGCACACGGGGGCCCUCGGCCUGCUGCCAGGUGCAGCAGCAUCAGCAGCAGCAGCAGCAGCAGCAGCAGCAGCAGGAAGCAGUAGCUGCUGCUGCAGCAGCAGCACAUGAACAAGCAGAAGCAGAAGCAGCAGCAGCAGCAGCAGCAGCAGCAGCAGCAAACAAAUGCAUGCACACGGGGGCCCUCGGCCUGCUGCUAUGGAGAACCGAAGACACCUUCCUUAGGCGCCGCAGCAGCCCCCCAGCAGCAGCAGCAGCAGCAGGUGCAGCAGCAUCAGCAGCAGCAGCAGCAGCAGCAGCAGCAGCAGGAAGAGCAGCAGCUGGAGACAGUGCUGCUGCUGACGAUCUGCUGCAGCAAAGGCUGGCAGCAAGCAGCAGGGGCUUCGCCUUAGAGCCAAAAGACAAGCUGCGGUGUCUCAUCAGCUGUCUCCUGCUGCAGCAGCAGCUGCAGCUCAGGCCCCCCCCCACUGUCUCCGUUUGUCUCCUUGGUGCAGCAGCAGCAGCAGCAGCAGCAGCGUCUCCUCUCUCUCCCCCUUAA